AUGUCUAACGCGUUGAACGACGAUAACACGCCUGACCUCAAGGUUGACGAAAGCCCCAUUUCCCCCAUUGAGCGCCGGAAUUCUCUAGAGAAACACUUGCAGCAGCGCCCCGAUGUCCAAGAUCUGAAAAAUCGCAACAUCCUCCUGAACAGCAAUGCUGCCCCGGCCCUACAAGCGAAACAGCACGAACUCGAGCGCCAGCAGCACUCAGACAACCUGAGGAAGCAGCUCGAGAAGCGACCGGACCGUGAGGAAUUGGUCGAGCGCAACAUCCUCCCCGAUUCAAACGCCGCCCCCGCCCUGCAAGCCAACCAGAGAGCCUUGGAUAGGCACAUGCGAGCCGAUAGUCUUGAGCAUAAGAUUCAGCAGCGGCCCAAGCCAGAACAGCUGGUGAAGGAUGGCAUCUUGGAGGCGGACGAAGACCCAACCAAGCCAUGA